AUGAGUAAAAAAUUCAGAAAACUUCCAAAGUGGAUGUCAGGACAACGCGCAGCUGUGAAUAAUGCAAUAAGCAACAUAAUAUCAACAAAGCAAGCAGAACCAUUGAAUCAAUUAGCUGUAAACAAAUUUAAUGAAGAUGAUGAACCGAUAAAUAAGAGUAGAUUGCGAUCAAAUUAUCAAUUUCCAAAGAGUGCCGAAGAGUUGAAAAAUCUUGAACCAAAGUUUAAUAUUGAUGAUCUUCCAAUGGUUGAUUAUGAGGGAAAAGUUUAUUAUCUAAGCGACUAUCAUGACAUUGCUGAAACUUCCGAAAAACUUAUUAAAAUCAUUGAAUCUAAACCAUCUGAUGAUGUUAAUAAUACGGUUGGAGUAGCAUUUGAUAUGGAAUGGACAUUUAGUUUCCAGACAGGACCCGAGAAAACCUCAUUAAUACAAGUUUGUGUUGAUAUUGAUGAAUGUUAUUUGUUUCACUUGCCUCUGCUUAAGAAAAUUCCUGCGACGCUUGCAGCGUUCUUAAAUCAUCCAAGAGUUCGUCUUCAUGGCGUUAAUAUAAAGAAUGACUUGAGGAAAUUAGAGCGAGACUUUCCAAUCAUCAAAACAGAACGAAUGAUUCAAAAUUGCAUUGAUUUAGGUGUCUGGUACAAUCAAGUCUUCAACUCGAGUGGCCGAUGGUCAAUGGAAAGACUUGUCCUGCAAACAUUAAGACUGAGAAUUGACAAAUCUAGAAAUGUUCGAAUGAGUAAAUGGCAUAUCCUUCCAUUAAGUGGCAAACAACAAAAAUAUGCAGCGAUUGAUGUUCAUAUCGCUCAGAAAAUUUAUUAUCACAUUCUAAAGAAGCAAAAGGAAGACACAGAAAAUCUUCAAGAAUUCUUUACUGGUUACGGUGCUGAAAAGUACAAAAACAUUCUCAUCUUGACUGAACAUAGUCCAGUUUAUACAAUUGGAAUUCGAACAAAAAAUUACACAAUCAAUGACGAAGAGAAGUUGAGGAAGUUGGGAGCUGAAUUCUAUCAAACAAAUCGUGGUGGACUCAUAACAUUUCAUGGCAUAGGCCAACUCGUUGCUUAUCCAAUUAUAAAUCUCAAAAACUUUCAACCAAGCGUUCGAUGGUAUGUUUGUCAAAUUGAGAAAACAAUCAUCGAUCUAUGUAAGAAACAUGGAAUCAAAGCACAAACAACAGAAGACACGGGAGUGUGGGUGGAAAAUAGAAAGAUUUGUGCGAUUGGCAUUCAUGCUUCUCGUUACAUCACUACACAUGGUUUGGCUCUUAAUUGCAACGUUGAUUUAUCAUGGUUUGAUCACAUCGUUCCAUGUGGAAUUGAAGGAAAAGAAGUCACAAGUCUGUCAAAAGAACUCAGCAAAAAUGUCACGAUUGAUGAAACUGAACCAGAAUUUCUUUCAAGCUUUCAAAAUACUUUUCAGUGUUCAAUUGAAGUCAUCAAGCCAUCAGAAACAAGAGAAAUUUUAGAUAAUCUUAAAACACUGCCAUAA